GAUCCUGAGUUUUGCAGGUGAUUUUGCUUUAGAAAAGGGAAUACCAUUCAUUUAUUUAACAGUCAUCGGCGCUGGCAGCCUGUAGCCUUUUUUCCGUAUUCCCCAACUCAUUGAAGCAGAUGAAAUUCCCUUGAAAGGAAAUGGCAUGGACUUACUUGUACAUAGUGUCCCGGGCAUGGAAGGUUUUCUCCGGCGGCGUGAUCUCCCAAGUUUUUACCGUGCCGGCGAUACCAACGACCAGCAUCUCCAAGUCAUGAAGACUGUCUGCAGAAAAAAACUUCAGGCGCAAGCCCUCAUAAUCAACACCUUUGACAAUUUAGAAGGAUCCAUACUCUCUCAUUUGCGCACUCACUUCCCCAACAUAUACACCAUCGGACCAUUGAACGCUCACCUGAGAACCAGACUCACGGCCAAGACGACAGCAUCCUCCUCCUCAACCGACUUUGGCAGUUUCUUGGAAGAAGACCGGAAAUGCUUGACGUGGCUUGAUUCGCAGCCGUCCAAGUCUGUCAUCUACGCGAGCUUCGGAAGUGUCACUGUAAUGACAAGGGAGCAGUACAUGGAGUUCUGGUACGGUUUGGUGAAUAGUGGGAAGUGGUUCUUGUGGGUCAUAAGGCCGGACUUCAUUGCUGCCGGCAAAGAUGGAGAGAGUCAGAUUCCGGUGGAGCUGGAGGAGGGUACAAGGCAAAGAGGGUUCAUGGUGGGUUGGGCCCCACAGGAAGAGGUGUUGGCACACCCUGCUUUUGGUGGAUUUCUGACCCAGAGUGGGUGGAAUUCAACUAUGGAGAGUAUAACUGCUGGAGUACCCAUGAUUUGUUGGCCUUACUUUGCAGAACAAAUGGUUAAUAGUAGGUUAGUGAGUGAGGUUUGGAAGCUUGGUUUGGUCAUGAAAGAUACGUGUGAUCGAGUCGUGGUUGAGAAGAUGGUUAGAGACCUGAUGGAAGUGAGAAAGGAUGAGUUCCAGCAACAAGCGGAUCAGAUGGCAAAGAUGGCCAAUCGAGCUGUAAGUGAAGGUGGAUCGUCUUACUCUAAUUUGGACCGUCUAAUUCAGGACAUAAAAUCGAUGGUUGUGUGACUAUACAUGUUUUGAAGACAUUGGAUGAACCGCACCCUUCUGAUAAUCUAAUUUUAUUGUGGUUGGUAGGAGCAGAAGGCAGUAGAGAAUGGGGCUGUACCAGUGAGUGAGCCAGAGGAGAAAAACCAGGGCCAGAAAGUUGGAUACGUGCAUGCAAUUGAUGGCAUUAUGGUGAGGAUGGAAAGCUAUUUGGCUCAGCCACAAUCACAAUAGAGAAAGAGACUCGUGUAUUCAUUAAUCUACCUCCUUAAAGUCAUGUUAUUUUAAAUCUGUAUGAGUCUCAUAUCAGAGGAUGUGUAUGUCUCUCAGUAGCAAUGUCCAUUAGUCGUAUUUGAAGUAGAAAAUGAAUGAGUUGGUAGUGAAACACUUUCUUCC